AUGGCUCAUAACAAUUUGCUAGAAGUGGUUCCAGAUCAAUUGUUUCAAUCACACUUCAUUGCUGAAAUAGAUCAAGUGCAAAAGAAACUCCAAUAUGAGGUUGAAAGAAAGAGGGAAGAACUUAGAGCUAUGGUGGGUGAGAGGUAUAGAGAUUUAAUACAUGCUGCAGACACUAUAGAAGACAUGAGAUUAACCACUGCUAAUACAAUAACUCAUAUAAAUGAUAUGAUGGGUAUUUGCAAAAACCUACAUGAUACCCAUUUGAUUGGUUUCAAAAUUCAAGCAUGUCCACCUCCUAGCUAUAGUUUUCAGGAGAAUGUUAACCCAGUCCACCAGAUAUCUGUACAAAUAAAAUUACUAAUGGAAAUACCAGAAAAAAUAUGGAAAUGCAUUAAUAAUAAUAAUUUUGUACAAGCUGCUCAACUAUUUAUUAUGGCUCGACAUAUUAAUACUGGCUUACAACUUCAAAUUGGCAGCAACAAUGGUCCAACAAUGCAGUCAUUACAGCGACUUGCACACCAACAGUGGAAUUCCAUCGGCAACCUGAGUCAAACCAUUAUAGAUAUGUGUGGGCAAAGAUUGCAAGAUGUUGAUAUUAGUGUUGAGAUUGCCUGCUCAUGUCUUCUCGGUCUCUACCUGUUAGAUUCAAAUCCAAUGGUAGAUUUAUUAAAUACAUUAAUUAAUUUACAUAGUAAUAACAGUCUCAAAACAACAUUACAAUUUGAUCUUCAUAAGAUAUUAGAGGGUGAUGUCAAAGCUCAAAUAAAAAGGAAAAUUGUUGACGGAGUGAAGAUUGUUAUGAAGACUGUGGAACUAAUUUAUGCCUGUUUUGUUGAGAACAACGGAGGCGUAGUUUUAGAAAGGUUGAAAGAAUUGUACAGAGCCGACUCUGUGCCUUUAUUAAAUUUAGUCCAAUUCAGUGAUAUCAAUGGAUUGAAAAUGUUGCCAUCUGCGAUAUCUAACUAUAGGUUAACAGUAAAAUCGAUAAAGGCACUUACGAGCGACGAAAUAACCGAAAGCGUACAAAAAUGGAGUACCUCGUUACAAAGUUAUAUUAAUGAACAUGUGACAACACUUUUACAAAAUAUUACACGUGUCAAAGUAUUGCAUGAGAUUCGAGAGGAAGCUUUUAAAAUUGAAACACCUCAAAACUGGAAUAUGAUUUGUGAAAAGUUAAAGAUACCAACCGUUCAUAUUUGGGUGAGCCAUUUCCAGCCUCUUCUUACUGCGAGAGUCAAGUUGAUUGUUGACGCACGUUGGCAGAAGAUAUAUGACGCAUUUAAGACGCAAUUGCUUAUUGAUUUAACUAAGGUAUCAUCAGAGAGCGAAAUAGAAAAGGAGUCAAAUAUAAACUGGUUCAUAUGGAAGGACCUCAUUGGAGACACCAUCAUUGAAUCUAGGAGCGAAGUGGUUUCGGUUAUGAAUUCACUUAUGAAAGGAAUGUCCCGCCAAGACCGUGGCUUUACACCAAAUAUGGAGAAGUUAUGCAAAGGCCUUGAAGAUGAAUUGCAGAAACUGUUAGACGACUUAAAAGAUUACUUGUAUUUGGAGAGGAAAAUAGAUAGACCGAUAUCAUUAUAUGAUGAGGAAGAGAGAUGGGAACAGAUGUAUACAGACACAAGUGAUAUUGAAUUGUAUUUGUGUGAUGCGGCUGAUAAGUAUGUUGAAAGUAUUCUAGCAUACAUCAAAGCAUGUUUUGAAGAGCCAACACUUCAAUCCACUGAAUUACAAAGAAAAACAACUGCAAUAUACACAGCACGAUUUAUACAAGCGAUUCCCAUACUUAUUCCCAACGUACGAAGGUGCUAUAUUCCCGAGAACAGUUUGAUAGUGGACGAGACACUUAGCAAACGUUGGGCCAGAUUGGGUGAUGUUUUGAAGGAAAAUUGUUUGCACUGUUGGGGAAAAUGGUUGGAUAUAGUAAUGGAAAAAGUGAAGGAUUUAACCAAUGGUCUCCCUCAAGGUUUUACUAUGCAGGAGAAUAUCGAUUAUCUGAUGAUGCAAUGGGACGUAAUAAAAAUAGAAGAAAAAGAUGAUGAGGGUACAUCCAUAGAAUCUACAAUAAAAGUACCAGCCGGGCCUUCUCUAAAGCUUCAAGAAUAUUUAUACUCGAUAAGCAGACUCCUAGAUGACGUCAUACCUCACACGCUUCCCGUGGAAAUUCACACGUCCUUCAUAGACAGUAUUACGUCCAUCUCUUUCGCGCACUACAAUGCGGUUAUAAGAGAGAAAGAGACGGAUAUAAAUCAGAGGUGUGCCCUUCAACUGUUGAUGGAUGUGCGGCAUUUGACCUUACUAUUGGUUCCUCGGGAGAAUAAGAAAUAUAUGGAGCUUUCGCAGGAGAUUUGUGAAUUUUUGAGACAGAAAAUCGAUCCGUUUGAUUAUGAUGUCUUCUAUCCAUACAUACAAAUGAACUUGAAGCGGUCCGUGCAGAGGGUGCAGACCCUACUCGGCAGUCUGAUCCUUCACCACGGUCAGCUGACAGGAAUUAUCGGUACUAAACCUGUAUCAUCUGGUGGUACGGGUGAUAAGGCUCCGAACAUACUUGCCUCCAUUGACACACAUUGGUUCUCAAUACUACCCGUGGCCACGCCAGCCACGCCUAACAAGAAACAGGACAAACCGUCGAAAAAGAAACUACAGUCGGCUAGCCCGAAUAAAUCUCGCUCGGAGCUGUCCGACUUGAUGACCAGCUCGUUACCAAUUAAUUUUGCGAACGCGCGAUCUGGUGCUGCGUCCUUCUUCAAUUCCAUGACUUCUGACUGGUUCAGCGGCUGA